CUUAAAGAGGAACUAAAAGAAAUUUAGCUGUUUGAAUAAAGGUUUCAUCACGUCACAGCAGAUGUUUAUUAUGGACUGAACUGUCAGUAUCUGUAGAUGAAAACAGCCAGCGAAACGAUCGGCUUCUCUAUGGUGAUGAAGCCUUUCGGAAACCUAUAUCAACUGCAGCAUAUGUUGAAAGACAAAUGCCACAGGAAAGACAUCAACAAAUGGGAGCUUGGGUUUGUUGCCUUCCUGUUGCUUAUGAUCCUUUGCUUGCUGAACUUUGCAGUUGUCCAAAUGGUGUGCAAAUCAGCAGAGCUUCCUUCCAAUAAAGACAAAUAUUGGAAAAAUCAGCAUACCACAACCUGUGAUGAUCCUUGCAGGUUUGUUCUUAUUGAGACAGUCCCUGAUGGGUUGGUCUAUGCUGAAAAUGCUACAGGAUAUCAAUCAAUAUACAACUCCUGGAUGAACCUGAUAAAUAUGGCAAACAGUAGCCUUGACAUUGCCUCUUUCUAUUGGACGCUUACUGGGAGUGAUAUAAAUGUGACUGAUCCUACCUCCAAAUAUGGUGAAAUCAUACUUGAUGAGCUGGGGAAAUUGCCUUUAAGGAGAGUCAAUGUGCGUGUGGCAUCGAGCAUAUUGAAAUUCCCACAUCAAGAGUCAAGUGACCUUAAAAUCUUGAAAGAGAAAGGAAUUCAAAUCAGGAAUGUGAAUUUUCAAAAAAUAAUGCAUGGUGUUCUUCAUUCAAAGCUCUGGAUUGUUGAUAAGAAACAUCUAUAUAUUGGGAGUGCUAAUAUGGAUUGGAGAGCAUUAACUCAGGUUAAGGAGCUGGGUGCUGUGAUUUACAAUUGCAGUUGCCUUGCCAAUGAUUUCGCCAAAAUAUUUGAAGCUUAUUGGAGUCUUGGACUGCCAAAUGCCACUAUCCCCAUGCCAUGGCCAUCUUCUUAUUCCACAAACUUUAACAAGGAAACACCUCUUGAUGUAAAACUAAAUGGAACUACUGCAAAGGCGUACUUCUCAAGUUCUCCUCCAAGGCUGUGUCCAAAAGGCCGGACUACUGACAUUGAUGCUAUACUCAGUGGCAUUAAUGCUGCAAGGAAGUUUCUGUAUAUUUCCGUCAUGGAAUAUUUUCCAACAUCACGUUUUCUGCGACAUGUGUUAUACUGGCCACUUAUUGAUGACUCACUGAGGAAAGCAGCAAUUGAACGUCGUGUUCACAUCCAGUUGUUGGUUGGUUACUGGAAACAUUCAGAUAAAUCCAUGCUGGCUUACCUUCAGUCUCUGCAGGCUCUAAGGAACGUCAAGAAAGUCCAUUUUGAUGUGAAAAUCUUCAUUGUUCCUUUGGGGAAGUUUAGCAAGAUUCCUUAUGCAAGAGUGAGCCAUGCCAAGUACUUUGUAACAGAAAAUAUUGCAUAUAUAGGUACUUCAAAUUGGUCUUAUGACUACUUCAAUACUACAACUGGAGUUGGUCUGCUGAUAAAUCAGACUUCAGGAUACGAAGAAGAGGCUGAUAAUACAAUUCAUUAUCAGUUAAAGAGCCUAUUUCAAAGAGACUGGAAUUCCAACUAUUCCAUCACCUUGGAUGAUUUGGAAGAUGAUCUUUUGUAUUAAACUAAUGGAUUAAAAUUAUGGUUUGUGGGUACUGUACAUUUGGGGUAAAACACAAACAGGAUCUUUUAAACUCAGAAGGCUUUUGUUUUCUAUGCUCCCCUUCAAUUCAGAGGUUGUGAACUGAAGGAGAGUAAGAGGCAAACGCUCACUCUGUCGAAGAGUAGUGAAAGAGAUAGAGGCUUCCUGAAUCAUUGGGCUCUUGGUAAAUGGUAAAUAAUUAUGUGAGCUGAGUGGGAUUCUUUCAUUCCAUUGCAGGAUACAUCUACUUUUACGUGUGAAGAAAUUACAUGUUGGACCCUGGGAAAGAAAGAUCUGCCAAUCUUGGCCAGGAUUGGGUGGGUAACUUUCAAGGCUUUCUGGGCUUGAUCUGGAGUUUCCAGCUUAGGGACCAGUCUGUGUGAUGAGACUGCUGAGAUGAAGGGGUGGGAUGGGGUUGCAGUUUGGGGAAAGGUAAUUGGAUAGUUGGGGAAUGAUCUGCAGAACAGGUGUGUGGCAGUAGUUGGUGGGUAGUUCCAUACUUUGAAAGAGGAAGUUGCUUACAUUUGGAGAGUUUGGACAGGCAAUGGUGAGGAGGAAUUGCAAUUGGAGUUGAGUAAAAGAGUGGUAGAUCAAGAGGAAAGAUGAGUGCAUAAGGAGGACUGCUAAGACAUGGAACAUCUAGGUGACAUCUAGUGAGACUGUAGGGGAGAACUGAAGGAAGGAGGACUGAAGUAGGUGGGGAUUAGAGGAAGUACAAGGAAAAUGUGCUGAUGAAAUGGACGUGGACAAGAUUGAGUCCAUGUGUGUGUUUCUAUCAUCAAGGUGUGGUGGUGAAGGCGUGAAGUGUGAAUGUGUAUCCUGCUGUGUAUGCAUGUAUGUAACACACACAAAAUGCUGGAGAAACACAGCAGGCCAGACAGCAUCUAAGGAUCUUGCGCUCUUUUUUUCUCCAGCACUGCCAAAGGGUCUCAGCUCAAAACAUCGACUGUACCUUUUUCCAUAGACGCUGCCUGGCCUGCUGAGUUCCUCCAGCAUUUUAUGUGUGUUGAUUGAUUUCCAGCAUCUGCAGAUUUUCUCUUGUUUGUGUAUGUAUGUAUGUAUGUGAUCAGUGGUAGAGCAGAUUGUGAUCUUAUAUUUGUGUGUGUGUGUGUGUGUAUGUACACGCGCAUGUGUAGGGUAAUGUAAUUGGUGGAAAUGUACAUAUUUCACAACCACCGACAUUGAGUUGGUGUUCACUUUAAGAUGCUGGUCUGAUGUGAUGACCUAGUUACAUAAAGUACUGUUACUGUGCUUUGUAUUCAG